CCCAUGUGAUCUUUGCAUUUUGCAUAAACUUUGCACUUUUCCUAGGAUCAUUCACAGGUGUGUGGCUUGGCUUAGCAUUUAUUUGUUUGCUGUUUCUCAAACAAUUUCAUCCCGGAGAGGGCUUGUCAGUUUAGAGCACCACAGUGAGAGAUGAAGACUGCUUACUCUGUUCUCCUCUUGGCAGGUCUAAUAGGAUCAGUCAAAUGUUUGUUCAUUAGAAGACAUGUUCAUAUAAACCAGUUGUUGUCUUGGACGGAUGCCCAGAAAUACUGCAGGACAAAUUAUGUUGAUCUGUUGACCAUUAACUCACAAAACGAAUAUGACAGAUUCAAGAAUGAUGCAACAGCGUAUCUUAGUAUUAAUCGAUGGAUCGGCCUCAGAAACGAAGAGAAUGAGCGCAGCUUCACAAACUGGUCUGAUGGAAGCAUAUUAGGAUUCACAAAGUGGGACAGCAACGAACCAGACAAGCUGGACACUGAACACUGUGUUCAUACAGCCAAUGGCAACUGGUAUAAUUCUCUCUGUAGUUCCACUCGGUAUUUCGUCUGCUACAUAUGGCUUCAUCAGGUGAUCAUUGUGCAGGAGAUGAAGAGUUGGCGUGAGGCACUGGAGCACUGCAGAACGUUCUACACUGACUUGAUAAGCUUGACGCCAGAGACAGCUCUGGUUCUGGCCAAAAACAAGAGCAUGAACAUUCAGACGCCCAGUUUUUGGACAGGACUAAACUUUCUGAACGGCUUUUGGUUCUGGGUGAACAAGGAACCUCUGGAGAACUGGACCACACUGCCCUCAUGUCCCACCAGGCCUUUCCUUUGUGGAGCCCGAAAAACUGGAGCUGAUGUUUGGGAAAACCCAAACUGUGAAAAGAAAUUGAACUUCAUUUGCUACAAAAAAACUGGGUAAAAUGAAGAGGAUCACUGGCAUUAAGACUGCACCAAGAAGAUGAAGAAAAGGAAGAGAGAUGUGAUUCACGCUAAUCUUACAAUAUUUUGUAAUUUUACAAUAUUUUGUAAAAUUAGUAGAUACUUCCUUAAUUCAUUUGAAAUCACGUUAGUAGCUGUAUUUUUAAGUAACUUGUUAACCUAUUAGUUAUAAUGUGUGAUAUUAUGAAUGAUCAGUUAUAGUCUUUUUCAUAGUACCUGUAAGAAUUUCUUUGCUCUUCACGUUAUUGCCAUAUGGCAACAUAUCAUUUAUCUGGAAUUUUUCGAGUAUUUAAAGAAAACCUAUUUGCCUUUUUUUAUGGAAGGUGAGUUUUAGUUAUGUACUUGGAUGAAGACACAUGACUUAAAAUUCCCACAGUCCCACCCUUCUCCACACCUCAUUUUGAGCCACACCUUUCUGUUAUUUAUCUAAUAUUCUGGAUAAUUUAGUUCCACACCAAAAAUACUAAAUCCUUGGCAUUUAGAUUUCUAAAUGAUUUGGUAAUGUUUAAAUCUUGUUUUGGAAAAGAAAUAUUGUAUGUUUGUUUAGUAAAAUAUGUAUGUUGCCAUACAGAAACAUGAUAUGAUGAAGGGGCCAUAUCAUCUAAUCUGGCGUCAAAAAAAAAAUAAAAAAUUUGUAUGACGGUGAUCAUAAACCCUUGUUGCCAGGUUUUUGAUACACAAUGUGUACCUCUGCUUCAGCAGUGGCAAAAAAUAAUUAAAAGCCCUAUCUCCAUUGUUGUGGUAUUGUCAUAUGGCAAUGUAUCCCAAAAUAUCCCCUAAAAUAAAAAUUUUAUUAAAUAACAUUUUUUACAACAAGCUUUUUAAAUUCAACUGGAGGGCAAUAUAAUAUUUUUUCCAUCAGAGUAUCAUAUUAUGUGCAGUAAUAUGCACAGUACAGGGAUAUUAGUAUAUGUCUAUAUAUAACUGUAUAUUUCUGUACUAUAUUACACUGUUAGUGAUCUGUUAUUAUGUAUGAUAUGAUAACAAUAUAAUAUUUUUCAUACCAACUUCAUUAAUUAUUGUAAAUACUGGUACAUAUUAUUUCAUAUGAUGAUCCACAACAAGACUGUAUAUGCUGUAUGUGCUAAUAAUAUAAUGUAUUAAAGAAAGAAAAUAUAGAAAAAGUAGUAAGAAAUAACGGAAGACUUGAAAAAAUGUAUUUCUGGUAAUUCAUCAUUCAGAAUUGGAUCAGCCUGCUAUAAUAUCUAAAAAUUAAAAUGUGUGCAGUCAGGAGAUCUUCAAGCCACCUUUUGUUUCAGCAGUCUUUUUUCCCUGGCUCUGGAUGUUUUCUGAAUAAUCUGAGUGCUGCAUAAGAUUCCACUUUUUACUGAUUAGCCAUAAAUGGUUUGCUUAGCUUUUUCUGACUGUUUACCUGGAAUGUCUAAAUUGAUUUAUUCGCUAGAUUUAUGUUUUUAGUGCAUUUUGAUGUACUCUGUAAUCUUUCAUUGUAGUUACCUCUCCACAGUCCUAGCGCCCUAUUGCACAAUGUCCAAGAUGGUUUUGCAACAAAUGAUUAAAUAACUCUUG